AUGAAAAAGUUUGACCAACAGCAAAUCGAUCAAAUUCUCAAAAAAAGGUUUUUUAUAGCUCAAUCAGCUCAUAUAUAUGGAGGUGUUUCGGGACUGUACGAUCUGGGACCGCCAGGACUGUCCGUAAAAACAAACAUUCUAACACUGUGGAGAAAACAUUUUGUACUUGAGGAAGACAUGCUUGAAAUAGAAACAACUACCAUGCUGCCUUACGAUGUUUUGAAGGCAAGUGGUCAUGUGGACAAGUUUUGUGACAUUCUAGUUUUUGACGAGGUAACUGGGGAUUGUUUCAGGGCAGACCACCUGGUUUCGGAUGCAUUAGAAAAACUGCCCUCGACUGAAGGGAUCACCGAGGAUCUACAAAGGGUUGAUUGCAUGGGGUGCCAGGAAAUUGAUGAGGUUAUAUUGAAGUACAAUAUUAAGAGUAUUUUAGGAAACAAGCUGAGCAAAUCACAGCAAUUCAAUCUUAUGUUUGGAACGCAGAUAGGCUAUAAAGGAGACCAGACUAUGUUUUUAAGGCCUGAGACGGCACAAGGGCAGUUUCUAAAUUUCAAGAAGCUUUAUGAGUACAACAAUGGUAAGCUUCCAUUUGCAUCAGCAUCCAUAGGAAAGGCAUACAGAAACGAAAUAAGCCCCAGGUCUGGUCUCAUCAGAGUUAGAGAAUUUGAUCAGGCAGAAAUUGAGCAUUUUGUUCUUGCAGAAGAGAAAGAUCAUCCAAAGUUUGGAACUGUUAAAGAAGUCAAGUUGAAGUUUAUAAAAGAAGUUGGAACUGAGGAGAUCACCUUAGGAGAAGCAUUAGAAAGAAAAAUUGUAUGCAAUGAGACGAUUGGGUAUUACAUCGGAAGAACAGCAUUGUUUUUGAUCGAUCUGGGAAUUGAUAGAGAGCUACUGAGAUUCAGACAACACAAAAAAGAGGAAAUGGCACACUAUGCUAAAGAUUGCUGGGAUGCAGAGAUAUAUACAUCUUAUGGGUGGAUUGAGUGUGUAGGAAUAGCAGAUAGAUCAUGCUAUGAUCUAAAGUGCCAUGAGGGUGCAUCGAAAGUAGAUUUGAGAUGCAAGAAGAAGCUUUCCCAUCCAAAAGAAGUUGAAGAGUGGGUUUUGAAGUUAGACAAAAAGGAAUGGGGCGCAAAGCUCAGGAAUAGGUUUUCUGCGUUAAUGGAAAUGGUCAAUGGAUUCACCCAAGAAUAUAUCGAACAAAAUAUUUCGAGCUCUGAAGAAAAGAAGAAUUACUUAAAUGUAAAGUUUGAUGGACAUGUUAUUAGCUUUGAGUGCUCAAAGGUAAAGAAUAAGGUGUUUGUUGAAAACAUAAUUCCCGAUGUGAUUGAACCAUCUUUUGGUGUUGGGAGGAUUCUCUAUGCUUUACUUGAACAUUCGUUCUACUUAAGAGAAGAUCUAAGGCCAGUAUUCAAGUUUAAGCCAGUGAUUGCGCCAAUUCAAUGCGCAAUAGGAUAUCUUAUCCAUUUUAAUGAAUUUGAUGAGCAUAUUCUAAAGAUAAAAAGGUUUUUGACAGAUAAUGGAUUGGUGGUACAUGUAAACGAGCGUUCGUGCAGUAUUGGAAGAAAAUAUUCGUCAUGUGAUGAACUUGGUAUCCCGUUCUUCAUAACAUUUGACCCAGAUUUUCUUAAAGAUAACAUGGUAACCAUAAGGGAAAGAGACUCUAUGCAGCAAAUAAGAGUUGAAGUUGAGAAGUGCUCUUCCAUUGUGUUAGAAUACAUCAAAGGUCUAUCCAAAUGGAAUUAA